AUGGCCAUCACACAAUUCCGCCUUUUCAAGAUCUGCACAUUCCUAGCCAGCUUGCUUUCCUUCUUUAAAAAACUUAUAUGCAGGAGUGGACGGGGGCGCAAGCUCAGUGGUGAUCAGGUAACUCUCCCAACAACAGUGGAUUAUUCUUCUGUUCCAAAGCAGUCUGCACAACCUGAGAUAGAAGAAUGGAGCUCUUGGGAUGAAGAUGCUCCAACCAGUAUCAAAAUUGAAGGUGGAAAUGGAAACCUUACACCUUCAGCUAAUGACCCAGAUGAGGAGCCGGACUACUUCAAAGACAUGGCCCCAACUAUAAGGAAAACACAAAAGAUUGUGUUAAAGAAAAGGGAACCUACAAAUUACCUCGUGCCUGAUGGCUCUUCAGGUUUCUCUAGCCGACUCGCAGCGUCUCAAGACAUGAUGUCUUUCAGUCCUCCUUCAGCUGAGCUUGGAGAAAUGGACAAUUGGCAGGGAGAUGCAAAUGCCUGGGAGGAAGAAUCUGAUGCUGCAUGGGAUGCUGAAGAGGUCUUAAGACAGCAAAAGAUGGCUGACCGGGAGAAGCGGUACAUUGAGCAACAGAAGAAGAAGAUGGAGAAAGAGGUGCAGAGGAUGAUGAAGAAAGAGCAGAAAAUGGCUGUUAAGCUCUCAUAA